AUGGCCUCUGGGUCCAACUCCGACCCCGAACAAGAGAGAGAAGAACAGGAGCAGGAGGACGGGGCCUCAGAUGAGGAGAACGAGGAGGGUGCCAGUGAUAGCCAAGAUAUCGCAGAAGGCAUGGAUCCCGACGAUUUUUCAGGACCUAAGGUGGUGAAACCAUUGACACCGGAGGCUCUGGCCGCUUUCAAGGCAGCGCAGGACCGUGCUGGAGUUAUCUACAUAUCCCGUAUACCCCCUGGGAUGCGGCCCACGAAAGUCAGACAUCUCAUGAGCGCCUACGGUGAAAUAGGGCGUGUUUACCUUCAACAAGAAGAUCCCAAGCGGGCUUACUUGCGACGGAAGUACACGUCUACCAAGAAACCACAUUAUACGGAAGGAUGGGUAGAAUUCAAAGAUAAAAAAGUUGCCCGUAGUGUCGCUGAAAUGCUCAACGCGCAACCGAUUGGUGGCAAGAAGGGCACGAGAUGGCGAGACGACAUCUGGACGAUGAAGUACUUGCCUAAAUUCAAAUGGAACAUGCUGACGGAGCAAGUCGCCCACGAAGCUGCUCUGCAUACUGCAAAACUGCGUGUAGAGUUGUCCCAGUCCCGAGCAGAACAACAGGAUUACUUGAAGAAUGUCGAGCUUGCUCGUGUCUUGAACAAGCGCGCUGAAAAGAAGAGGGAAAAGGGGGAAGAAUUGCAGUUGAAGGAGAGGCCUCGAAAGCGACCUGCAGACGAAUCGACUGAACAGCGGAAAAAGACAAAAAUUGUCAAAAAAUCAGAUGAUAUGAACAAGGUAUUGGGUAGUAUAUUUUGA